AUGUAUCCCCAUCAAGACCGUUCCCCUCUAAUUUGUCCUGCAGGUGUUAAACACGUAAGAGAGUGGUCAGUUCCUGAUUGUCUUCAAGAAUACUCCCUACAAGAAAAAUUAGACGUUGUCAUCAAAGGUUUUAAGAAAGAACCACCUCCUGUGGUCAAAACCAAAUUGAAUCCAAUAAGAUAUGCAGGAAUUUAUACGGAAAUCAAGAAUGUACUCACACCAGAACCGCCGUCUGGUUUUAAAAUGCUAUUGGAAGACUUGGGGGAAACGACUUACCACAGUUAUUGGAACAAACCUUUAGGUAAGGGUCGUGAUCCUCGUCCACUGUUGCCACCAGGAGUCACCAAUGAGUCCAGGUACUUUGGUAAACCACCUGUUAAAGGUGAAGCGCUUUAUCCAAUAAUUUUACCGGAAAAAAAUCAGUGUCAAGUUUUGAAAGAAAGCCGAAUAGGUAAGGAUUUGUACAGGAAGACCCAUGCUAAAUAUGAUCCUAGUGAAAGGAUUAAUAGAGAGUAUUGUAAACCGUUUAACCCUAAUGCGACUUUUGGAGUGGCUAAGGAUAAUUUGAAGAAUGGAGUUGAGAAAUGUUUGAGAUGGAGAGGUUUGGAUUACUACGCAGGCAUAAUGCAGACGACCCAGAACCUCGAUUUGUUAGGCGACUGCGAACCUCCGAAGGACGAAGCGAAACACUUGGAGACCAUCAAGCGAAUAAGGGCGCUCGGAUUCGAUGAAGGGUUACCAGUGGUGAGCGAAGUUAGUGCCAUCUUGGGAGAUCGGAUUGAUCGAUUCGAAGACCACGUUGGAUCGGGUGCUGCUCCAAAUUCCAACUACCUCAAAGUCCCGAGCUGUUUCACCUAUGGAAUUCCUCGUACCGAAACCCAGAGUGUGGCGAGUCUUCUCCGAGACAAACCCAUCAGUCCAAAAUUAGUGCGCAUGCAGGAAUGCAUAGCUCAUGUCAAUUCCGUUCGCAAACUUUUGAGAAGAAGAAACGAACAACUACCUUAUGAGGACAUUAGGGAUCAGUUGUUGUUUAUGGACAAGGAAAAGUGCGGCUGGUUACCAUUUUAUACCGUCGUCAAGUUUUUGAAAAAGUACAAUGUGUUCUUUGACCACAAGUGCAUUGUUGAUAUAUUUAAACAUCUAGGUGAUAUUUUGCCUUUGUGUCCUGAAGCAGCCGCUGAAAAGGCAAAAGAUCCAGAAGAAAUUGCCAACAAACUGCGUAAAGAAAAACUACAAAAAUACUCGUGCCAAGAAAAUCCCGACGAUUUCAGCGACAUGAUGAUAGACUACUCAAAACUUGUAGACAUGAUAGACUGCAAAAAGCACUUAACCGAACUGGGUAACAUUGAUGACACAUCCAGAGACGACGUCCACUACAAAACAACAUACACUGCUUUCACCUUAGACCACCAAAGGGACGUCCAUAAAGAUCUUCUACCAGCUGGUAAUCCAUCUAUAAGAGUGGACAAAGCAGAUCCUGUGAGACCUGCUAAAGGAUGUGUGGCUGAUAUCGAUAAUUUAGGAGACGAAUCAUCAGCUGCUUCAGUUGUUUUUCCGAGUAUCAUGAGUUUGUAUGGUGUCAAUCACAGAGAUUUCUUUUUACCGAGAGAAGGCAAGGUGAUAAAAGGGAUCUUUGAAAGGACUGGUGUUGAGUUUCCUGAUAAUACGUUUGAUGUUAUUUUUGAGGAGAGUUGUAAGGCUGAUUGUUUUCCUGGAAAACCGAAUAUGUGCUGUAUUGAGACGUUUAGGAAUCAUUUGCAUAAGUUGGCACACGACUACUCCGAGGAUUUUGUAAAAUUGAGUAUUAAGGAAACAAUUGAUGUUAUCUGCUUGGAAGGCGGCCCAGUCGGAAGGCUGCUUGAAGUCCGGAAUUCUCAGAUCGAUCUAGGAAUUGUAUGCCUAGGAAGAAAUUUACUACAGAAGCAGAAUAAUUGA